GCAGCGCAGCGUGGCGCGCACACCCAAAGCCUCUGCGCUUUGAGAUCCCCGGCACAGGCACAGACCCAGACCCCCGGGGGCUCUGAGGUCCGGUGGUGCGGGGGGUGGGCUUGCCCGAAGCCGCCCCCCGGGGGAUGCUGGGCGCCGCCCCCUCCGUGAAGAUGGAGGCGCACGAGCUGAGCGAAUGGAGCUACUUUCCAGAGGCUUCAGAGGUCUACCCACCAGUGACACCGAUGAGCACAAUGACCCCACUCAACUCCUACAUGACCCUGAGCCCCCUAAGCCCCCCAUACCCACCUCCUGGCCUCCCAGCCUCCCCCCUUCCGGCUGGUCCCCUGGCCCCAGCAGCGCCCCCAGCGCCCUUGGGGCCUCCGUUCCCAGGCCUGGGUCCCAGCGGAGGCAGCGGAGGGGGCCCUGGGUAUUCUGGCCCGGGACCUGUGUUGGGCCGGCCGAAGGAGGCCCCGAAGAGCGGGUACCGCCGUCCUCUGGCCCAUGCCAAACCCCCCUAUUCCUACAUUUCCCUUAUCACCAUGGCCAUCCAGCAGGCCCCCGGCAAGAUGCUCACCCUGAAUGAGAUCUACCAGUGGAUCAUGGACCUUUUCCCUUACUACCGAGAGAACCAGCAGCGAUGGCAAAACUCCAUCCGCCACUCGCUCUCCUUCAACGAUUGCUUUGUCAAGGUAGCCCGCUCCCCGGACAAGCCUGGCAAAGGCUCUUACUGGGCCCUCCACCCCGGAUCUGGCAACAUGUUUGAGAACGGCUGCUAUCUGCGACGACAGAAACGCUUCAAGUUGGAGGAGAAGGUCAAGAAGGCUGACGGGGGGGCUGGGGGGUCGGGGGGCCGAGGAGCAGCCGGGGCAGCCUCGGCCUCCUUGUCUUCCUCCCCACCUCCACCACCUGGGCCCCCUCCUCAGGAGGCAGAGGCCCCGGGUGGGGGGGAGGGAACGGCAGGGACCCUGAACUGCAGUUCGCCCCCACCCUCUGGGGGGCCCUAUUUUUCUGGCUUGGAGCUCCCUGGGGAGCUGAAGCUGGAUGUCCCCUAUAACUUCAACCACCCCUUCUCUAUUAGUAACCUAAUGUCGGAGCAGGCGGGGCCGACCCCGCUGCCACAGGCAGCUCCCAAGCUGGACGUGGGCUUCCCUGCCUAUGGGGCAGAGAGCGGGGGUGGACUUGGUGAGGCUGGCGUCUACUACCAGGGCCUGUAUACCCGCUCUCUGCUCAACGCAUCCUAGCCAUGGGGAACAGAGAGUGGAGUGGAGAGGAAGGGGUGGGCCUGGGAUGUCAGGGUGAGAUGCAGCCAUCAUCUGCAGGGACUGGCCCCACUCCUGUGUCUGUCAGAAACAACUGCUGUCUUGGCUGGCGUUUCAAUUGAUCCCAUCGGUCAUCAUGAUGGUUCUCAUCCUCACCUCUUUCUGGCCACCAUUUUAGUUGGUGUCUUGGUUUAUCUCAUUGGCUGCCAUUUCCCCCUCCAUGUUACAAUAAUCUAAAUUGUGAUUGGUUUAAGAGUCAGUGGAGAUUGGGGGUUCAGUUGGAGCUGCUCCCCUUGAACCCUUCCCUUAACUGGGCCGUCAAGAGUAGUGAGGGGACUGUGGCCAGGAAAGGGUUACCCCUUUUCCAUGGCUUUUGAGCUUGGACAUUAAAGCUUUUCUCUCCCCUCUCA